AUGACUACAAACAACUAUGCCUUUCCGCUGACGGCAAUUGAUCGCGAGAUCCUUGCCAUGAAGGAUGAGGACUUUGCUCUCGUUACGUGGGAAGAACUCAAGGAAAUCAUCGCUGCCAACCGUCUAGAAAAGUUGAAGCGUCGCCCUUCUGAUCUUCGUCGGUAUAUUGCAUGGUCUUCAGAGACCAAGGCCGAGUAUGGCACCAUUACCAAUUUCGUCGUUCAAAAGCGUCUGCACUGGACUCCUUUGCCAUCCUCGACUCCUGGUGAUCCACCAAAGUUUGAGUUCCGUGAUUCCACCCCAUUCAAGGUCCAAAACGACUUCAGGAUUCUCAAGAACGACUGGCCAUACGGACUGGACAAAGGCAUUGUGCACAUCUGCGUUUGGGUAAAGACACCUAUCGAGACCGACGACAGUACUGGUGAUGUCACCGACCAUUCUAGGCAUCUGAUCGAGAAAUUUGUCAAGGACACCUUUGCAUCUCAAUUGGACACAGUGUUUGGUACAGGCAAAGGCAAAGAUCACGUACUCUGGUUCAAGAACUGGGUAGCAUUGCAAAGCGUCCGUGGUGUCGAUCAUAUCCAUGUCCUGGUUCGUGACGCUCCGGAAAGUAUGCUGGAAGACUGGACCAAAGAGUAG